AUGGGGUGCACGGACAAAAAGUGUGAACUGGGUGACACUUCUGAAGAGACUAGUACAGUAGGGAAUGAGGCUCUCAUGGCUGAUCACAAUGUCCAUAUCCCAAACUCCACCACGGAAACCCUUGACAUGUGGAAAGCUCAAGGGAAAUCGAUCUCGUUGGUAGCCAUUAAAAUUGCCUCAGGUGAUGGAACCGGGCCACCCCUUCCUGUCUCUACAUCGUGGGACUUGAUGAUGACCCUUGCAGUUUCUGAUCCUCUCCGACAAGAAGCAUUUGCUACUAUCCAGGCACUGAAAAAGAGGGGAAUAGAGGUCUGGAUGAUAUCUGGAGAUAACCCGACAACUGCCACUGCUGUUGGUACGAUGGUUGGGAUCCCCGGGGAAAACAUAAUUGCGAAUGUGCUACCCGGGCAGAAAGCCGAGAAAUUUCAGUACCUCCAAAGGACGUUAAAGAAAGUCUCUCGGAAUGCUUUUGGAAGAGCAAAUGAAUAUAUAGAUAGGAGGGCGACGAUCGCAAUGGUAGGCGAUGGGAUAAAUGACUCCCCUGCCUUGGCAAUGGCAGAUGUGGGGGUUGCGAUCGGUUCUGGUUCCGACAUUGCCAUCUCCUCCGCCGAUUUCAUUCUUGUUUCGUCUCGACUAAACUCAUUGCUGACACUGAUCGAUCUCAGUCGCAUUGUCUUUAAGAGGAUCAAGUUCAACUUCGCAUGGGCGUUGGUUUAUAAUCUCAUCGCCUUACCUGUGGCUGCUGGAGUUUUAUAUCCCGUGAAAACCAGUGGAGGGCAUAUCAGACUCGACCCAGUCUGGGCCAGUCUAGCCAUGGCGUUAAGCAGCGAUAUUCUACUAUGGGUUGGGAACAAAGAAAAGGGCACUCAGCACCAUAUUCGACAGAUUGAGGGUUUGAUCAGCGAGUUUAGCAGGAUUCUGAUUGAUGAGAAGCGUCAGGUGACUUUGAAUGACAUGGGAUGGAAACCUAAAUAG